AUGGACGCCGGAGAGAUGCAGGUGGCCUGUAUCCUGUGGUUGCACCUGGCGUUGAUUCAGCGCUGGAGUCGGAUGGACGCCAACCCACAUAGCGUGUCCACAUUGCUUUGCGCCGAGCUGUUCGUGAACGCGAACCUGGAUACCAGUGGCAUGGGAACAAGGACGCAAGCCGAGUCCUUGGGCUUCUUGGAUACGGAGAUUUUCGAGCUGUUCCAUGCGACGCGCUCGCGGGUCUAUCGAUGGCUGCGAACGAAGACGAAUGAACGUGAUCACGUCUUGGAACACGUGGUCUCGACCGUCGCGUCCAGCCCCGCCCGCUCGCUGGCAACGUCCACGUCCCACCGGCGUUGGUCGGAGCUCGAGGACACCUGGGACGGCUCGGGGCGCUUCGCGCCGAGCAUCACGGGUGACCACGGGUCCACCGGGCCGAACGCCGAUGAGGACUUCCCACGUUGGCUGGCAGCCUCUGUGGACUCUGCACCGCUGGAGGUGAAUGUGAACCUGGGCCAACUGCAGUUCCGGCAGCACAACGUCACUGCCGUGCCACGCGAGGUUUUGGAGCUGCCAGAGUUCCAAGAAGUGUUCCCUGAGGUGGAGGUGAAUUCCUGCUUGCUUUGGGCGUUGGUGGAAAAGACCCAGCAAAGGGACCGCUACCGCUUCGCCGGGCUCAGGUAUGAAUUCCAUUUGUGGAAGUUGGAUCACACCACACCAGAGAUCCCCUUCUCCAGGAGGUUUCCACAGCAUGCCACCGUGGCAGAGGACUGGAUCUCUUCCGCGAUCUCCACCUGUGCUGAGAUCCAGACCCUGCCGGACAAGCCCAGACUCUGCCGUGCGGAGAAGGGGAGAGGGGCAGAACAUGCCAUGUCACGAGGAUUGGGUGAAGAUCACUGGCUUCAAGAGCAAGAACUAUAG